UAAAGUUCCGUCAGCACUCUUACCAUCGGAGCUCUUUAUUGCGCAAUUAUACUUACAUAUACAACUUACUUGCCCUUCAGCUUACCUCUACCAUAUCGUCUCGACUACACAACGACCAUGGCACUCGCACCACGUUUCGCAGGCCAGAAGUUGGCUUCCAGCUCCAUCCAGCCUAAAGCCGUGCACACCCUGGAGCUGUACCUCGACUAUGUCUGCCCCUUCAGUGCGAAGCUCUUCAAAACAGUCUACUCGUCGCCCCUCCGCGACGCGCUCCUCCAGAAGUACGGCGACCGUGUGGUGACCAUUUUCCGGCAGCAGAUCCAGCCGUGGCAUCCCUCCUCCACGCUGACCCACGAAGCCGGGUACGCCGUGCUCAAGUUGUCUCCCGAAAAGUUCUACGCGUUUUCGGAGAAGCUGUUUGAGCAGCAGAAGGAGUUCUUCGAUGUAAGCGUGGUGAAUGAGACGCGUAAUGAGACGUACAAGCGGCUGGCUAAGAUUGCGGGGGAGGUGGGUGUGGAUGAGGGGAAGGUGUUUGAUAUGCUGAAGAUUUCGGAUAAGCCGGGGGAGGAUGGGAGUUUGAAUAGUGGGAAUGGGGUUACAGAUGCGGUGAAGGUGCAGGUAAAGGCGAAUCGGUUGGUGGGGGUGCAUGUUACGCCGACGGCUGUGUUUGAUGGUGUUGUAAUCAACGACAUCUCGAGUAGCUGGACGAAGGAGCAGUGGGAAGAGUGGCUCGAAAAGAAUGUGGCAUGACUACCUGUGAACGUAGACGCGCAGCCCAAGGGAAGAUUGUAGAUAUGCGUUGCACUUUGAGACAGAAUGGUCCUGUUUGGAUAUGAGUGGUUGUCUUAAAGUAGAUUAGCGUGCAUGCCAAGCUGUGCGACCUACCUCGUACGUGCCUGC